AUGGGCUUUCAUGGUACUAUCAUUGCUAGGGCAUUAUGGUGCUAUGUCCAGCUGCUCCGCGCCUCUAGGAAUGCCUGGAAACGCAGUCAAGCCUGCUUCCCAUUGUUCAAAUACCCAUCCGCAGGCCUUGCUGGAGGGAGUCUUGAGCGACAGUUCUUGGGCCGCCCAUUGCCGCAUUGCCAUCACAGCCCGCCGGAGCGAGCACGCCGACGCGCUACAUCCAAGUUCCCAGGCACUCUCGUCACCGUGAACAACAACGACCCGGCGAUAUGGGAAAUGGAACUCUGUCCUGUAUCCGAUGUGCAAACAGGGGCGAGUAGCCAUGUGCUCUUCAUCUGCAUGCGGCCAGUCGAUGUUGCGGGUGUCUGCAGGGAACUGGCUCCUACGCUGGCAGAUAUAGCAGUAGCCCAGCGCCCAACGUCAUGGCUCCCGUCUGGUACUGCCGUUGUGCGCACAAUGCCGAACACCCCAGUAGAGUGUGGAGAGGGGGCAACAGGCAUCUUUCCCAGCCCCAAUUCCGGGGCUCACCGGGUGGCGAUGGUCUCGACGGCGUUGCGAAAUGGGUCUCCAACUAUUGCAAUUCUCGAAGAAGAAGCCUUGCUGGAUGUAGUAGCCGCCAUUUCUGGAUCCGCGCCUGCGCAUUUUAUUUUGUCAUGGAAGCGCUCAUUGCCGUGGGCGAAAAGCACGGUCUACCUCUAGACAUAGCGAGACAGCCUGUAGCUCAGUCAAGCCUGGGUGCAGGCCAGCUAGCCCGGGAUACAUUGGCGCGCGUGCACGACCUACGUACCGGCGUAUGUGUGCCGGGGGGAAGCACUGAGAAAGCGAUUGCCCAUCUUGAAGAAAAUGGACUCAUGGGUGUGAUAGAACCGCCGUGGAAAGGAGUUUGGAUGCGAAUAGACGCAUGAAAAUGGUGGAGUAGACGCUUGUCCCAGGAAGUUACAUGUGUGGUUGAAGGCAGCCGAGCUAUUCCACCAGACACGCUAUACAGUCAUAUGGGACCCUCCACAACGAUCGUCGAAUAUAUAUCAAUAUUGUCGGCCGGUAUGAGAAUCGCUAAGACCUACCAGAGCUAUGUUGAGGGAAAUAUGGAGACAGUAGCUGAAAUUUUGUUUGAUAGCUGAAGUGCUUAUAUGUAAUAAACUGCACCG